AUGAUUUAUCAGUUUGACGAGGACUCUGUAUUCUGCAACUACUGUGACAUUCCAUUCAACAAUCAUGCUCAGGUGGUAGAGCAUAUCAAGGACAACCAUCCCUGGGCUCCUGAGGCCAAAGCUGAAUAUGUGGGAAGAGAAGGGAUUAUCGCAUGCAACCUCUGUUCUGAUGGUAACAUGAAUGCAAAACAAUUUGAGAAUAACAAUGGAUUGAUAUAUCAUCAGAAAAUGGUCCACAGAGGAUCGAAGUCGAAGUUCAUUAUGUGCUACAAACCAAAAUGUCGAAGGAAGUUCAGUAACACAUCUGAAUUUGAGGACCACAAGCCUAGAUGUGGCAAAAAUCUCAAGGCUUAG